UAGAAUAAUCAGUGUGCAAAAAUACUACAAGUAUUGUGUAAAAAAAAAAUAUUUCGCUAAGUAAGAAAUUAGUAGCCACAAAAGCAUUAAACUGUGCACACGGCUGAGUGAAAAGAAACUUUAAAAAUAUAUUAAAAUAUUUGCACCCGGCACUACAAUCAUAAAAAAGCGAGUCCCGAUGUAUAUAAAAUUUGCCACAAUGGAAAACUGAUCAAUAAUAAAUUCAACUAGUAGCAAGUUUAAUAUAACUUGAAAACAUAAAAAUUAUUUUAAAAAGUUUUAAUUUGUUAAUUGAAAAACAAGUAAAAUAUGGGCUGCAAAAACUGUUGUGCUAAUUGCAAAUGUGCCGCAGACAAAUGUGGUGAUAAGUGUGCCUGUGAUCAACAAUGCAAGUGUGCUUGCAAGUCAGGCUCAAAGGAUGAUUGCUGCAAGAAAUGAGUUACUAAUUAUUUAAAUUUAUUAAAAUAACUGGAAAUUCUUUUUAUACAUAAUAUUUAAUUCGAAUAAACUUUUGUAAACAAUUUUUAACAACACAAAAUUGGCUUAACAUUUCUUUCUUCAAAAUACAUAAAUAGUAGUUUUA